CUCGAUCACUGCAGAGAGCCACUUCACAACCUCAGUUGCGACAGACAACGACUCGAACGGCUACUUCACACCAAUCAUGGAGGCCACAGGCAUCAGUCUGCUUGCAGAUACCAUGAAGACCAUCUACAAGCUGAAUAAAAUGGUUCAGAACAAUAAAAAACAAUGUAGCAAGAUUGGAACGAGGCUGGAAGCCCUGGAGAAUCUGGUGCUUUCCAUCCAAAAGGAGGUGUCAAACCAACUCCCUGCUGAUACGAACGAAGCUUUGCAGAAACUGAAGGAGACUUUGACUUCAGCUGAUGAACUGAUCGAAGAAUAUGACGAGGCACACAAACUGAAAAAGAUUUUUAAGUCCUGCGACUACGAAUCAAAGUUCAAAGAUCUGGACAAAAGUCUCAUGGAGGACUUUAUGACUCUCUCUGCAACUUUGCUUGCCUACCUGAAGAAGAUGCAGAGAGAGCAGGAGAAGAUGCAGAGAGAGCAGGAGAAGAUGCAGAGAGAGCAGGAGAAGAUGCAGAGAGAGCAGGAGAAGAUGCAGACAGAGCUGGAGAAGAUGCAAAAAAAAUCUGACUGUAUCAUACUGUGAAGAAGAUCUUGUUUACCACAAUUGUUUUUACAUACACUUCUUCCAUCAAUCACAGACAUGCCUUAUUGUUUGCUCAUGAAUUUUACCAUGUAAACAAUGACAAGAUAUUUUAAAAAUAAAAUAAAAUUAUUCACCUCUACAG